GAGGUGUCCCUUCUCAUGGCUGUGCACCUGAAUGCACCUCGCCCUGACGUCACCCGUCAUGCAACAGGGCGAUCGUCGAGCUCGUACUGUUGUUCGACGGUUUCAGGCAAAAUGUCCGGCGUGCCCGAGGAGGAAGUUGUGGCCAAGUUCCUGGACGCCUCAUCUCGCGGCGACCAAGCUCAGGUGACGUCCCUGCUGUCCGCCGUCCCGUCUCUGCUGGAGCGGACCGGCCCGAGAGGAUGGACGGCGCUCAUGCUCGCCGCCAGGAGCGGACACGCAGGCGUGGUCCAAACGUUGCUCCGACACGGGAGCGACAAGAGUCGAGUGAACAGCAGCGGUCAGAGUGCGUCCGACGUGGCCGCCUUCUGGGGUCACGAGCACGUCUCCGCCUUCCUGGGUGACCGAGAUGGCGCCGGGGUGGAAAACUACUUUGGGAGCGAGCCGCUGGACCGCCUGAGCGCCAAGCGGAGCGACGCUGCGUGGCUGGAGGCCAAGAAGAAAGAUCCCGCCUCCGUCUUCUUGCUCUUCUCAGAUCUCAGCCCCAUGCUGCAUCGGGACCAGCAGGGCGUGCAGCAUUUGUGUCGGCUGGGCUACGAGGCCGUCAAAGAUCUCCUCGAAAAGCCCGAGCCCGUGCUGGUCUUCUUGGGUGUGGAGAAGAGGAGGAGGAGCGCAACGGCAACGGAAAAUCCAUCCGAGGAGCUCCCGGCCUGGUUCGCCAUCAGCAGCAACGAGGACGAGGCCGCGCUGCUCGGCCGCUGUCCGUACGGGGAGCAGAAGUGCUCCUUCGCCUCGACGCCGCACCGGGACCUGCUUCACCUCACCCACGAGGACGCCGGCGUGCUGGCUCCAGCCCGCGCCCUGCUGGCAUGGCACCAACGCUACGCUUUCUGCUCCACGUGCGGCAGCGCCACCGUCUCCGAGGAAGGAGGACACAAGAGGAGCUGCCGGAAGCAACAGUGCCCCAGCAACAAGGGGGUACACAACACGUGCUACCCACGUACUGACCCCGUGGUCAUCAUGCUGGUGGUCCACCCCGACGGUAACCAGUGUCUCCUGGGCCGGAAGAGCGUCUUCCCCGCCGGAAUGUUCUCCUGCCUGGCCGGUUUCAUCGAACCCGGUGAGACGCUGGAAGCGGCGGCGCGGCGCGAGGUCUGCGAGGAGAGCGGCGUGCUGGUGGGCGCCGUCCGCUACGUUUCCUGUCAGCCCUGGCCCAUGCCCUCGCAGCUCAUGAUUGGCUGCCUGUGCAUCGCCGUGGCAACCGACAUCGUAGUGGACCGCAGCGAAAUCGAGGAGGCCAGAUGGUUUCCGCGGCAACAGGUGAUGGAGGCGCUGCUUGGCGCAGGAUCCCGCCCGGGUCCCGUCCAAUCAGGUCUGGUCCUCCCGCCCAAGCAGACCAUCGCGCACCAGCUCCUGCGUCACUGGAUCAGCACUGCUGCCAACUUAUAAACUUUGACCACAAAUACUCCAGAACCACUUGACAUGGGAAGAACCAUGUCACCAACAGAAAACCUUUCUCCUGUCAAACCCCCCUGAUUUACCUCCAAAUAAAAGUGCACAACCACGGUCGUUGAGCCCACAUCAUUUUUCACUCACUCGUUCCGGCCUUUGCCUUUCCAAUUUCUCAGCUCUACGACAGCGUCAACGCGACUUCCGCGUAAGGGUCAGGAAGUAGACGAGCACAAUGCAAUCGACAUCUUAGCAGACAGGAAGUUGUUCCACCGGUUAAGAUGACAACAUCAAAGAUUGCUCAGAAAACAAACAGAAGAAUAAGUGCAGAUUCCGUCGCGGGACCAAGCACGACCGCAGAGCGCUCCCAUCAAACCACAAGGAAGGAGUUCCACAGGGAGAUGCCCCAUUCAACUGCAGUCACUUGAAAAUAGUUCCUUGCAUCCAAGAUGGCACUCAAAUCUUUGUACACUCUUUGACUUGAGCACAAAAGCUGCAAAAUAGCAAAGUUUCACACACACACAAAAAUCUGUGAAUCCACAAGUCGAGGGAAACGCUGUCGUUCUGACCCCAGUAAGUAAAAUAAAAGCACCA